GCCUAAUAAAAACGUCUAUCUAUUUAUGUAUUUUCCAUCUAGUCACUAAAAGCGCCAUAUAAAUAUAAAAAACAUGCAUUUUAAGUGGUUUACGCUUAGAAACAUGCUCUAAAUGGACAGCACGACCCUACUGAAACAUUUUAACAAGUGACAAAGACUUCAGACUUCUUAUUUCUUGUCAGGCUCCAUUUAGAGUUACCGUGCGUGGCCGGUUCGAGUGGCCCGCUAUUGUCCCACAGAAGCCCGGAGGGAGGAAGCGCUUCUUUGGGUGGUCUGACAGACCCCCGCGGCCUACAAUAGCGCGGUGCCCAAUUAUGAUGAGGACGUUUUUCUACUUGAAGGUUGUUGAUUUACGGCUCGCAGUUCAACCGCCUCCAAUUACCAGUGAAGCAGCCAUGAACAUUCAAAGCACUUUCUGUACUAUUUAAAGUAUGAAGAGCGUUCAACCCAAUUUGUUUUCAAGACCCUCCUUCCUAUCGUUUUAUCGACGACUCAGAGGGGGUUGCUUCCAGAUUUCCACCAAACGACAACAUUACAUUCAGCGUCUCUGAGCACAAACGUAAAGGUCAAAAUGACGCUUUGACGUUUUCACUGAAAGGCGCUGUUGCGCGCUGGGUGGUGCUGAAAUCUAGUGCAGCUUCACGCGUGAUUGGCAGACCUGACAGUGAUUGACGUGUGUCUAUGGCAACCAGGCAGCCAAUCUGACAACUCCAAUAGAAUAGCGGCAGCAGGGGCUAAAUGUUCUUUUAUUUUGCUCCUCAGAAAACACCUUGCUUCCAGUUUUUUAUGCUCACACUCAAUCAAAGAAGAGAUUUUGCCGUCCAGGCUGCUUGAGCCUGCCGCACGGCAUCGCUCCCUGGCUCGUUUUGUGACACGGCUGUUAACUUUUGCCGUUUUCUGACAGACAGGCUGAACAAAAAGACGAGCGAGACAAACGAGGAGCAACACCAGAAAGGAGGGCCAAAGAAGAGAGAGAUUACAGUCUCCAUGUUCCAGCUGCCCAUCUUGAAUUUCAGCCCCCAGCAGGUCGCGGGGGUCUGCGAGACGCUCGAGGAGAGCGGCGACGUGGAGAGGCUCGGCCGCUUCCUCUGGUCACUCCCGGUAGCGCCGUCCGCCUGCGAAGUCCUCGGGAAGAACGAGUCUGUCCUGCGCGCGCGAGCGGUCGUGGCGUAUCACGCGGGCAACUUCCGCGAGCUCUACCACAUACUGGAGAACCACAAAUUCACCAAGGACUCACACGCGAAGCUGCAGGCGCUCUGGCUCGAGGCGCAUUACCAGGAGGCUGAGAAACUCCGUGGGCGUCCGUUAGGACCCGUGGACAAGUAUCGCGUCCGAAAGAAGUUUCCACUGCCUCGGACGAUAUGGGACGGUGAACAAAAAACACACUGCUUUAAGGAGAGGACGCGGCAUCUGUUGAGAGAGUGGUACCUGCAGGACCCUUACCCGAACCCGAGCAAAAAAAGAGAGCUGGCGCAGGCGACCGGACUCACACCCACACAAGUGGGCAACUGGUUUAAAAACCGGAGGCAGAGAGACCGGGCGGCAGCGGCCAAGAACAGGCUACAGCAGCAGGUUCUGUCCGGUGGCUCGGUCCGAUCGCUGGGGGACGAUGACACGACAGUAGACCGCCUGGGUCCCGCCUCAAGCCCAGAAGUCAGUCUCUCGAGCAAGGCCGCCACCUCCGCCAUCUCCAUCACCUCCAGCGACAGUGAAUGUGACAUCUAGCGUGACAGGCUUCAAAAGAGCAAACAGAAGAACUGUAAGAGACAAUCUAACAACUACAAAAAUUUAGUGCCUGCAACCGGCCCAAAGAGAGGCUAAAAUGAAGGAUGGAAAAAUAGCGUCAUACAAUUUCAUUUUCCAUCCGUUGAUGUGAUCAACAAAAUGCGCAGUGCUUCUCAAGAAGACAGUUAAAGGGAGUUUUUGAAAGACCAAAAAAAAAAAAAAAAAAAAAAUCUUCAUAGGCUAUCUGAGGGCCGAACCUAUUAUGUAUGUGCGUACUUUAUCAUGAAAAGACUGAAUAAUGUUUUAAUGUUCACUUGUUUUUUUAAUAUAUAAACGAUGUUUAUUUGCUUAUUUAAAAUAUCAUCGGCCGCUAGGCCUUUUAUUUGUGUGCUUUUUUAUCAUUUUUGUUGUGCGUAAUGCUGAGCGUCGUGAAUUUGAAAAAAAAAAAAAAAAAAAAAACAUGAUUGAAAAAAUAAAAUCACUGUUGAACUAAAUAACGAUCGCAAUUUCACAACGGUAUUUUCUUUACGACACUUAUUCCUGUGUGUCCAGUGACACAAUUAGUCAAAUAUGUUUUAUUUCAUGUUUGUUUCUUUAAUUGAUGUCCAUGUGUCAAUCCAAAGUAAACAUAUGCAGUUCAAAAUGUGAAUGUCACAUGCUGCAGAACAGAUUUAGAACAGACGGGGAUCAAAUAUGUUGCAUGUUUUAAUGCCUCUCUGCGAGCUCAAUCUCUCUCACACUCGAGCAGUAAUUGGCUAAAACGCUUCGCGUGGUGUAAUGCGCUCUGACAGCACAGGGUCAGCGAAAGGCCGAGACGCUCUCCCGGAUGUCAACACAACCUAAGCUGUGAUCUGCUGUUUAAACAGAACCUAGGCUAGUGGUCUAAGCAAGCUUCAUACAAAUAAUUUAUUACCAAAGGAGUUUGGCACUGCUGCCAAUUGCUGAAAAUACUCUUUGUUUAUUUUUCAUUUUAUUAUGAAUGUUCUCUCUAUGCGCAAAAUUGUGUUCAUUUAAUUUACAAGCUUGUUUUAUGUACAUGGCUAUAAUAACUUACUAUAUUUUUCUUUAUAUCUAGUAGGUUUAUUCGCCUUGUGACAUUCAGAUUUACAUUCAUCGACUGUUAAGCUAUAAUCACAACAAAAUACUUAAUUGUUUACAUAAUAGGCUACUUAAUUAACUUGUUUUUUUUUUUUUUUACAUCGUUUUCGUAAUUAUUUUCAAAAAAGAAUGGUUUAUCUUUGUCAAGAGCCAGAAGCUACAAAAAAAGAGAAAAAGCAAACCUAUUCGUUUUUUUAUAACCUUCAUUUUUUUCAUAUUUGGAUGAAAAAUAAAUGUUUGUAAAUAUUUUAUGAUAUUUUAAAAGCACGGCUUCGCUGUUCUUAGUGCUCAAAUCUGCUUAAGUUGUUUAUGUCGUAAAUGAGUGAAGGAGCAGGCGCAAAAACACAGCGCCUCUGUUUCCCAACUGCCUGAAGAGUUCACGGCGCGCACCUGGGUUUAACCCGCGCCAUUCAUUAACGCUCCCAAUAAAAAGCACAAGCUGUAUUUUUCAAUCUUCUUUCAGUCUGAACAACGGCGGGGCCAAACCAAGUGUUCCUUCCGAGAAAAAGGAGAAAAUAGGAGCCAAAGCAAGGGAGGGGAAAGGAGCACGGCUUUAUUUAAACACUGGAUACAGAAUGGUGGAAAAUUUCCGUUUCUUUUGAGCUCUGGGGAGUGCAGGGUGGGACGAUGAAAAAGUCUUUUUAGCAGUCAAUAAGGUUGUCAAAUUGGUCAACGGUAAUCAGCACUAAUGACGAGUUGGAGAGGGCCGAGCUAACAAAGAACCACCCCGCCUUCCCCUCCCCAAAGCCUCAGCGUGAAAACUCUCCGCCGGGGGUUGCCAGAGGUACAGAAAUCCAAACUUUUUUCAUUUGUGUGAGUGAGUGUGUAACGUUCUGGGACGUUUAAUUGAGGAGUUCACUGUCUAG